AAUGAUUAGAUAAUAAAAGCGAUAAAUUAAAUCUAGAGAAGAGCGGAUCGAAGAAACCAAAAUCAAUCAGUCGUUUGUCACAUCUGCAUAGUCCGGUUACCAUGGCAUGCGUGAUGAACCACGUAUUUGUGACGAAUAUUGUCGGUAAGAGUCGAAUUCUAAUGAAAUCGGCGAUAAAGACAACCCCAGCGUGUCGUUUUCUAUGGAAGCAAAGGAAUUCAGUGGACCUUCCAGUUCGGAGUUCUGAUAGAUUGCUUUCGACAAAACCAGUCAUGAUGAAGUUUGGUGGUGACAAUGAUUUUAUUUUUAAGCAGUUUUUAGAUUACAAGUCCUACACAUACACUUACCUACUUGGAGAUACCAAAACACGAGAGGCAGUCUUGAUUGAUCCAGUCAUAGAAAUGGUAGACAGGGAUAUCCAGACUGUUAAAGAUUUAAAUCUAAAUUUGGUUUAUGCAGUGAACACCCAUGUCCAUGCUGACCAUAUAACUGGUACUGGCGAAAUCAAGAAACGAAUAAAAACGUGUCAAAGUAUGAUCGCUGAAGUCAGCAAGGCUCAGGCUGAUAUCAAGCUGAAGGAAGGAAACUCGAUCAGAUUCGGGUAUCAAGAAUUAGAGGUUAGAGCAACCCCUGGUCAUACUGAUGGGUGUUUAACGUAUGUCUGGCAUGAUAAAUGCUGUGUUUUUACUGGUGAUGCUGUUCUUAUAAGAGGCUGUGGACGGACUGAUUUUCAACAAGGAGACUCUGGAAGACUUUAUGAUUCUGUUCAUAAGAAUAUAUUUUCACUACCUAAACAUUACUCCAUAUUUCCUGCUCACGAUUAUACUGGUCAGACUCAAUCGACUGUGGAAGAAGAACUGAAGCACAAUAAGAGAUUGACAAAAUCCAGGGAAGAGUUUAUACGGAUUAUGGCAGAGUUAAACCUUCCAUACCCUAAACAGAUAGAUAAAGCUUUACCAGCCAACAUGGUUUGUGGGAUUUUUGAUGAUCCUCCACUAUAG